AUUCCGUUGGCUUUUCGAUCUGAAAGACAUUUUUAUUCUAACAGUGAUUAUAUUCAUACAUUUUUAUUGCAAUUACGAUGAUUCUUCAUCCCUUGAGCUACUCCCUCAUUCUUGUAAUUUUCACGAGCACCUCAUACUGUCAAGCUCCCGAAAGUUGGUCGAGUGGUUUGAACGCUUUAUUGAGAAAUUGUUCACCAAAAUUCGCCAAUUCAAAUCCCCAUAAACCGUUCUUGGAUAUUUUGCGUCAGUGUUUGCAACGCCGGGCUCUUAUUGCCCUCGACGCGGUACUAUCGGACGAUGUGAUUCCCGUUGUUAAUGGAAUAGACCUGGUGCGUUACAAAGAGACAAAUCUCACAGACAAAGACGUAGAGGCACGCGGCAUAAAUACCGCGAAAACUUGGAAGGACAUUGUCUUUACGCGCUUUGGAAGGAUAUUCAGAACUCACGUAUUGAGAAUUAACAUUGAAACAUUGUUAAAAUCUAAGAAUGGAACUGAUGAUGCAAUGCGGGAAAGUUCAGGAGAUAUUUCAGUUGAAGGCCGGCGACGUCAUCACAGAAGACGUCACCAACACUUGAUGCCGAUGAUGAUGAUGGGUCUUCUGAUAAUGGGUUCAGUGCUCAUACCAAUGGGCUUUCAAUUUCUGGCCGUGCUCGGAGGAAAGGCUCUCAUUCUUGCCAAAUUGGCUCUAAUGCUUUCAAGUAUUCAGGGCCUCAAGAAAAUAGCCACGAAUGGAGUUAAUUACGGUCUCUAUCACACACCAGUGGCAGACGGCUGGCAUGAAAGGAGCCACCACGAAUCUCUGGGUCAUUACGAGGUGCCGUAUCAGGGAUAUCAACGACCAUAAUAAAUAGUUAGCAGGUGUGCCAACAAUUGAGUCUUGCAUCCAAAAAGUCUCCAAUAAUUGUGAAUUAUCAUUGUGAUCAAUAAUUCAUUAUUUAUUUAUUCAUGUACCAUUAAUUUUUGCAAUAACACUCAGUGAAAUUAAAUAUCGCAAGUUGUUGUCAAUUACUUCCACGAUUGGAAAGUCCCUCAAUCACGCUUGUCUUUUUCGUACAUAAAUUUUAAAUAUGAAAAAGACAAAUGAACAGUAUCCGUAUCCGUAUUGAAAACUAAUGAAUAAA